GUACAACCAGCCCUCUGAUACCAAGCAGUACCAUGAGAACAUCAAAAUAAACCAGGCGAUGAGAAAGAAGCUCAUCUUAUACUUCAAGAGGAGAAAUCAUGCUCGUAAACAAUGGGAACAGAAAUUUUGCCAGCGCUAUGACCAGCUGAUGGAAGCCUGGGAGAAGAAAGUCGAGCGCAUCGAAAACAACCCGCGGCGCAGAGCCAAGGAGAGCAAGGUGCGGGAGUACUACGAGAAACAGUUCCCAGAGAUCCGCAAGCAAAGAGAGCUGCAGGAGCGCAUGCAGAGCCGUGUUGGGCAGCGAGGAGGUGGGCUGACCUCGUCUGCAGCUCGCAGUGAACAUGAGGUCUCCGAGAUCAUUGAUGGAAUAUCGGAGCAUGAGAACACAGAGAAGCAAAUGCGACAGCUGGCAGUCAUCCCUCCUAUGCUGUUUGACGCUGAGCAGCAACGCAUUAAGUUCAUCAACAUGAAUGGAUUGAUGGAUGACCCCAUGAAGGUGUACAAGGACCGGCAGGUUAUGAAUAUGUGGAGCGAGCAGGAGAAGGACACUUUCAGAGAGAAGUUCAUCCAGCACCCCAAAAACUUUGGUCUGAUUGCGUCUUUUCUGGAGAGAAAGACGGUGGCAGAGUGUGUGCUGUUUUACUACCUGACCAAAAAGAAUGAAAACUAUAAGAACAUAGUGCGGAGAAACUACAGACGCCGUGGAAGAAGCCAGCAUGGCCAGCAGCAGCAGCAGCAGCAGCAGCAAGUGAACCGAAGUAGCCAGGAAGACAAGGAGAAGGAAGAGAAAGAGAAGGAGGGAGAAAGGGAUGAAGAAAAAAAUGAAGCUGAAGACAAGGAAGAUGGAAUGAAGGAUGACACCUCUGGAGAAGAUGCAGAGGACAAAGAGCCCACUGUGGCUUUCAAGGGUCGACGGACAGCCAAUAGCCAGGGGCGCCGCAAGGGCCGCAUCACCCGUUCUAUGACCAGUGAAGUGGAGGAGACCACCACACCGCCUCUCAACAAUGAGCUUGCCAAUCUGGAGAUGAAUGAGAGCUCUCGCUGGACUGAAGAAGAGAUGGAAACUGCCAAAAAAGGCCUUCUCCAGUAUGGUAGGAAUUGGUCAGCCAUCGCCAAGAUGGUGGGAUCAAAAACUGUGUCACAGUGCAAGAACUUCUACUUCAACUACAAAAAGAGGCAGAAACUGGAUGAGAUUCUGCAGCAGCAUAAAAUGAAAUCGGAGAAGGAGCGAAAGGCCCGUCGUAGGGGCAAAGCCCUGCAGAAUGAGGCCAGUGCCCCAUAUGCAGCAGAGGAGGAGGAGAUGGAGGGUUCUGGAGCCAGUGGCAAUGAAGAGGAGGCCCCUGAAGAUGGAGAGGGUGGAGCAAACAACAGCUCUGACACAGAGAGCUUGCCCUCACCACACUCAUCCGAGGACAGCAAGGUUAAGGAGGAGGGUUCAAGCAGGUCGAAGGCUGGCUCCAACGCUGGGGACAAGGAGGCGGCCGGAUCAAACAUGGGCCAAGUAGGGGAUGAGAAACCUCAAAUCAAAGAAGAUGCUGACUCAGCCAUCAAACAGGAGAUAAAGACUGAGGCAGGGGAGCCCAUCAAAGAGCAACUGCAGCAAGCAACAUCCAGCGAUGCAACAGAUAAAAAACCUCCUACAGCAGAGACAGAGGAAGUCAAAAGCUCCACCAAGAGCUCCAAGAAGGACCAUGGGGCCAAGACAGGCUCCCAUGGGGACAGUGACUCUAGUGCCACUUGCAGCGCUGAUGAAGUGGAGGAAUCUGACAACACAGAUAAGAACAGAAUGACUUCCCCACGGCCAAGCUUACUUAACUACGCUCAUGAUGGGGUCAUAUCCUCCCCACUGCAGAAGCCCAUGGACCUGAAACAGCUCAAACAGAGGGCUGCUGCUAUACCACCUAUUAUGCCAGAGGCUUCCAUGCAGUGCAGUCAGCGGAGUGGGAGUGGCAAGGCAGUGCUCCCCCCCCAUGCCCUGGCACUGUACCAGCAACAGAUCACCAUGGCUCAUGGGGAGUCCUCCCAGGAGGUUAAACAGCAACAGCAGCAACAACAACAGCAGCAGCUUUCAGGCCAGCCAGGCAAACAGCAGUCUUACACCCCACAGGCAGACAGAGACAGGGAGGCUCUUCACAGCAGCAGCCCUCGUAUUCACCCGCGCAGCCCCUCCAUCAGCGACAAGGAUGAGCUGGAAGGCAACGAGAGGUGGUUACUGACCCUCCUGCAGGGAUUAAAAAAGUCUCGGGCUUUCUCUCCACACGCUGAAGCGAAGAAGCAGGCGCUGGGCCCUGAUGAUCUAAGGACCUCUAACUUGGGUCGCCCAGUUCUCUCCCUGUACCCCAUGUCCCCACAAGACAUGGCCAAGAUCAGUCACGACCAGCACUUGCUCCACUUCAACUCGUUCCAGCAAGCAGGCCACCCUUCACUCCCUAGUCUCCCACAGGACAGUGGUAGGCUAGCAGUAGUGAGACCCCCAACAAUGCCAGAGCCACCACCUCUCAUUUCCUCCACCAAGCCAGGGGGCUCAAUCACACAGGGCACCCCAGUGCAGUUGCACAGCCCAGCUCAUGGGUUGGACCAUGGAAAGAUGUCCGCAACACAAAUGGGGUUGUCUUGGAUGGAUCAGAGGAAAGUGGCAGGUCCUUUCCCCGUGGUAAAGCAGGAACAGUUGUCCCCUCGCAGUUCGUCCUCCCAAGCUGACAACCUGUCGAACCAGGGAAUGACUCAUGAUAGUGCUGCUGGACGUGCUACUAUUCCAGCUGUUCAGGGGGGCAGUAUCACUAAGGGCAUCCCAGGGACCAGAAUGCAUCCAGAUUCUUCGAUCUCCUACCGAGGGGGCUCCAUUACUCAGGGGACACCGGCUGACGUCCUGUAUAAGGGAACCAUAACCCGUUUGAUCACAGAGGACAGUGCCAGCCGAGCUGAGAGGGAGCGGGAUGAGGCACUGUCUAAAGGCCAUGUGCUCUACGAGGGCACCAGCGGGCACAUUCUCACAUAUGAACGCACUGCUUCUCAUACCCCUAAAGAUGAGGGCAGGGAACUUCUAGGCCUGAAGCGUCCUUAUGAUGCUAUGGAGGGAGGCAUCUCUAGAGGCCUGCCUAUGAGGGAUUCACUGUCCGCUGCCAACUGUGAAGGUCUGAUUGGGCGAGCCAUGCCUCAUGAUAGAGACAGUCCGCACCACACACCUUACAAGGAUGCUCAUCACAUCCGUGGGUCCAUCUCACAAGGUAUACCUCGUCAUCUGGACCCUCAGGAUGGAUACCUCAGGAGGGAGGCUAAGCAGAUGAAGAGAGAGGGCUCCCCACCCCGUGGACCCAGUUCGCUCUCUGACCCAAUGAAGGGAAGAGAGGCCAUGGUGCCCACUGUUAAGGAGGCUGGACGCUCCAUCCACCUCAUUCCCAGGGAGGAGCUCAGACAGCCUGCGAAGGAAGGCAUCAUAGCACAGGGAACACCCAUGAAGCAGGAGGCAGCUGGUUCAGGGAAACGUCAUGAUGUCCGCUCCAUCAUAGCCAGUUCACCACGUUCCUACCACAACACACCCUCCCAUCUGGAGAUGCGUGCUGAGAGGGGUCGCUAUGAAGAGGCUCCAAAAGGGCGCCCCAGCGCAGUGGUCAGUACAUCUAGCCCUAUAGCCCGCUCUUCUCCCCUUACACUGGGGUCAGAGCAGGGAGGCAAGGCUCAUCAUAGCCCAGUGGGCUACGACGACAAAGGCGCCUUAAGGACCCCUUACCCUGGACCCUCCCAUCGGGGCUCUCCUCUGUCCAGAGAGGCAAGCCAGAGGCAGCAUGAUGGUUCCAGUAAGAACCCGCCCCAGGAGCGUAAAGCCACACCGACCCCCAGGGAGAUGAGUGCCACCAAAUCACCACUCCCUGGUGUUCCUGAUCAGCAGGCCUAUGAGCGUCUCCUGCAGGGUCUCGGAGCUGCAGAUGUGUACCGUCAAAUCCCCUUAGCCUUUGAUCCUGCAGCGCUGCCCCGGGGCAUCCCUAUUGACCCAGCAGCCUACUACUUGCCUCGCCACCUAGCCCCCAACCCAGCGUACCCUCAUCCCUACCCCUACCUCAUCCGUGGCUUUCCUGACACUGCGGCCCUAGAGAACCGCCAGACACUGCUCAAUGACUACAUCACAUCCCAGCAGAUGCACCAGUGGCCUGCAGCCGCCGCCAUGGCUGCCCAGCGAUCAGACCUGCUGAGGGGCCUGACUCCACGAGACCAGCCCCUUCCUCUGCCCUACUCUGCAGCCCCACGUGGGAUCAUCGAUCUUUCUCAGUUGUCACACUUACCUUUCCUGGUCCCUCCCUCUGCAGGGACAGCCGGCUCCCCUAUGGAUCGCAUCACCUACAUCCCCGGGGGAAGCACGUCCUUCCCUGGCAGGCCUUACACCACCUCCCCCAUCUCACCAGUUGGCUCCUCACACAUAAACAAGAUGCAAGGCACAUCCUCAUCUUCGGAGCGCGAGCGUGAACGAGACCGUGAACGUGACAGAGAGAGGGAGAGGGACCGGGAGAGAGACAGAGAGCGGGAGAGAGAGAGGGAGCGGGAACGGGAUCGGGAGAGAGAUCGUGAAAGAGAACGUGAGCGAGACCGGGAAAGGGAAAGGGACCGGGACAGAGAGAGAGACCGAGAGCGUGACAGAGAGAAGGGCGGAUCUGUUGGAAAUGUGGAGCACGCCCCCAUCUGGCGACCAGGUACAGAGCACAGCUUGUCAAGCAGUAGCAGCAGUGUGAGACCUGCUUCCCAACCCUAUAGCCACCAGCACUCCCCAGUGUCACCUCGUACCCAGGAGACUGUGCAGCAGAGGCCAAGUGUCCUGCACAACACUGGGGGCAAAAGUCUCUCUAUCAGUGAACACUCCAGCCCAUCUGUGUUACGGUCCAUGCCCUCAGGGCCAGCCCGCUACCAAGGUUACCCUGGCCACCUUCAAAGGACAGGUCUGCCCCCUGAGGCCUACCCACCAGUAAUGGAUUCAAGUGUAGCCAAAGAGCAGAGUCGCGAUGGAGGCAAAAUCAGGGGAGGUCUACCCAAGCAUGUGCAGGACCAGCACGGACCCUCCAGUAAAGCAGACCCCAAGCUGUCCAGCCCCAGCCCAGGAGGAAUAUAUCCAGGUUCCUAUCCCUCGGCUUCAGGCCGGCCCCAACACCUGCUGCCUCCCCAGUCGGAUAACCCUCCUGGCCGUGGAGAAAGCGGUACACCUAGUAGGGAAAAGACUCAAAACAAACCGAUGUCCAUUCAGGAACAAGAGCUCCGAGCACUCGCUCAACAGAAGAUGGAGCCACACGGUCUGUACCGUCCUCCGUCUGAGGAAAGACUGUCUCCAGGCCAACAGCCCCCGUCCCCAUGUGUUAAAGGCAGCCAGAGGGUGGUCACCCUGGCACAGCACAUCAGUGAGGUGAUAACUAAAGACUACACCAGGCAGAGCCAGCAGCAGCAAAGCUACCACGGCUCUCCUGUCCUGGACUUAACCCGUCCACCCAGUGCCUCCCAGCCCCCAUCCACCUCACAGGAGUCAGCCCAAGGGGCCCGCUAUCCAGAGGGCCUUGGUGGAGAACGCAACAGAGACCGGUCUCCUCCUCAACCCAAGACAUCACCUGUUAGUGUUUCAAAUGACGGCAUUGAACCAGUGUCUCCUGCUGGAGCCAGCUCUGAACCUGAAGUCCAGGGAGGGGCCUCCUACCCCAACGAGCAAGGAGAGCAAGGAAUGGGCUCCCGUUCCCCUCCCAAUGCCUCCCAGCCUCCAGCUUUCUUCAGCAAGCUGACGGAGAGCACCUCAGCUAUCGUGAAGUCAAAGAAACAGGAGAUGAUCAAGAAGAUGACUGUGGUGGGAAACGACGGUGAUUUCAAUGCUGGUCAGCCGGGAACAGAGAUCUUCAAUAUGCCGGCGUCUACAACUGCAGGACCUGUGAGUGUCCGCAGCCACCCAGCUCCAGAGGCCCCUGGUAACUCAAUAGGCCUGGAGGCCAUUAUAAGAAAGGCCUUAAUGGGCAAAUACGAUGAUCAGUCUGAGGAACGCUCUCCAUCCAACGCUGCUAACCCGAUGGGUUCCAGUGUGUCUGCUGGUAUGCCUGUAGCCGACGGACGUGCUGAGGACUGUUUCUCACAAGGUGGGGGAAAGUCCUCAAAGGGCAGUGGGCGCUCUAAUGGUCGCAAAGCCAAGUCCCCAGGACCAGGUCUGUCAGGGGGGGAGAGACCGUCCUCUGUGUCCUCAGUCCACUCUGAGGGAGACUGCAACAGACGAACUCCCCUUACUAACCGUGUGUGGGAGGACCGGCCUUCAUCCACAGGUUCAGCUCCAACUGCCUUCCUGUGUAACCCGUUGAUGAUGCGUUUCCCCAGUGGCACAGUAUCCGCUCCCUCCCCCUCCUCCGGCCAGCCGGGGGGCCAGGGCCCAGGGUCAGGACCUGGACAGGGCCGCUCCUGGGAGGAGGAGCCCAAGCCUCUGCUCAUGUAUCAGUACGAGAACCUAUCUGACAGCGAGUGACCUGAAAUGCCACAGUACAAGAAGUCCCCGCUAACAGCCAACCACCUAUGUGCUGCUGCAGCCACACACACACACACACACACACACACACACACACACACACACACACACACACACACACACACACACACACACACACACACACACAAACACACAUACACACACCUGCUGAGGCAUCUGCAAUCCUACCCACACCAUUCCACUCUGCAUUUCCUACAUCAGCCCUCAAGCAAGGAUCAUGUCAUAUUUUCACACACUUGACACCAAGCAGCGACGAGCUGGAAAACUGCUGCUCUGUGUGUGCGUGUGUGUAUGUUUGCGCUUAGGUGUUAUGCAUUCACUCCAGGACUACUCUAAAGGACAAAUCACUUUUUCUUUCUUUUUUUUUUUUUUUAACUUCACUACUUUUCCUCACUGGCCUUAUCAAUAUAGACACAUUGACCUGCACCUUUUGGGUGUACUGCUCUAAUGUGCUGACACUUGUGUGGAAGGGACUCUGAGGUCGUGUUGUUGGUCUGGUCAGGAGCCUGAUGACAGCUGUUCUAGAGACAGAUUGUGCCCGCAGAUCUGAAAUGAGAGCAGCGGCCCACGCAGCGAGGACCCUCUCACGUUUCUUCACGGUGAAAUCCAGGUGCAGGCGGCCUGUGCACUGCUACCACUACAAGAAUACGUGCAAGGAGGACGGGAGAUGAAUCUACAUCCGGUUUUUCUUGCUUUGGGUCUUUCUUUUUCUCCUUUUUAAAUUCAGUCCAGUCCUGUGUUUGGAAUGUAAGCUGAGACCUUUAGUACAUUUUGAUGGUGAGCUUUUGACGGUGUCAUUUGUUGUCUCUUAUCUGCAAUGAUGUAUCUUUUUUUUUUGGGGGGGGGGGGUCAGAGAUUGUUAUGCGGGAGGGUCAUAUCAUUGGUUUACAGGGUAAACAUGCUGUUCAUCGCUGACGUCGUCAUAUAUUUGGGAGGGUCCUGGAGAAUAGUGAUGGCCUGCUGACUUCAGGCAUCCACGUGGGGAGAGAUGAUUUGCCAGAUGGAUGGCACUGAGACAAGUGACACUUCUCACUGUUUUUAUAUUAACCAUGUCUGUGUUUGUUGAAAGCGUUUUUGGAUAUUAAGCACUUAGUUGUCAGUCUAUUCACGAUGGCAUUUUAAAGAAUCUGUGUUUCCUGGGGCAGGUGAAAAGUGGACUCAAGAACAGCAAAGAAGUCCCGCUGUGGACGUAUCCUUUAACACCUACCUGUUUAUUUUGGUCUUGCCGCCGAUAUUCUUUAGCGCUCCCACACUCAAAGCGACAAUCACAUUUUAGUGAACGACGAAUCAGCCGCUUCGAGCAGGUGCAGACCGAACUUAAAGCUGCUUAAAGGCAAAUUCCUCAGCAUCACUUGGAGUUUGCUUGCAUUGAAGAGGUGACAAAAAAAAGCCAUCUUUCUAUUACCCCUUGGUCCAUGGUGGCGGUCGCUUCAGCUGGCCUGCUAGAAUCUCGUCUAGGAGCUGUUGUGCCGGUCUGACCUCUGACCUUUUACUGCCUAGUGGUGGACCCGAGACUCAACUCCACAUCCAGGCAGAUUUUGUACAGUUAUGAGAUAUUCCUAGUGUCAAGUGCCAUUUAUUUUACAUAUACAGUACUGAAGUUACCAAGUGACGCACAAUUUUUCUUUUAGCCCCCCGUGCUAGGGUUUAUACUGUCCAUGCAGGGAAAUCUAAAAACAAAAAAGCAAAUGAAACGUCCUUUUUUAAUUUUUUGUGUGCUGCAUUUCUUUCUUUUCUUCCAAAUCCAUCACAGCCUUAGCUUUUAACUGUUUCAAUUAUUAGAUCUAUCAUUUUGAACACGACAAUGCUGUAUCCCAGGCUCAGCUUACCUGGGCCUGCAUCAAAUGUUCUCUCCACUAUGAGACCUAUAACAUAUUUCAAGUGUACUUCAGUGCAUCUCCUGUGUUUGUACGGGUUCCAGGAAGUCGAGGAAAAAGGCAUUCGAAAGCAUUCUGGUAGUUUUUUGUAACAUUAGUUGACAUGUUUUCACAUUUAUUUGCAGUGUUUUAAAGGCCCUCUCUGUUAAUGAUGUGAAAUGUUUCCAGCUUGUGAUUUUGUGCAUCCAGGGACAGUUUCUUUCCCCUGACUGAAAACUCUGAAGCGAUGGCAUUGAGCUUAUUUAGUAGUUUAGAAAGACUCACCUCUAUCUCUAGUUCUUUUUUGUCACAGUGGAUCGUCACAACACAAACAUAAUGACUGUUAUAGGACUACCUCCUCUUCCUUCUUCAUCAUACUUACCUGCAGAAAGCUCAUCUCAGCCAUGUUUUUUUUUUUCCUUUCCUAUCCAGACAGAUGGAAGGUUUGUAAUUUCAUCAGGCAAAGCAAAAAUACAGCCAGGCUUUAUACAUUGGUUCUCUAUGUGUGUUUAUCAUUUAUCCGCUGAUGAAAUUUAAGAAUGUGAUGGUAAACAGACUAAGCCAUAUCCAGCUGUUCCCUAAACUGAUGACAGACUAAUAGGUUGUUUUUAAAAGUAUAUACUCAAAUCACUUAUAACUUACAUCCAUUUUGUUUCUUGUCCAUACAGUUUCUGUGGUCAAUACACACCUGUUUCAUUAUAAAACAAAAUAAUCAUUCAAACCUAAAAAGAGUUGAUAUCUGAUGUGUUCCCUGGACUGUCCAAGGGUGGGUGGGGGGGAUUGACAUAAACAGUACAUUGUUCAACAAUUUUUGUGCAUAAUGAUUUUUUUUAUUAUAACCCACUGUAUAAUAGCAAGGAUUGUAUAUAAAACUGAAGAGAUGUAAAUAUUUAUGUGGCUUGCUUCAAGGUUGGUAUUACAAAAAAAAAUAUUCACAUGGUUAAAUUCUACAUGCCCACCAGCAAGCUUUGUGGAUAGCAGUGUAAAAAUGAAAAACAAAAAAGACACUGCCUUAAUGUUUAAAUAAAAAGCUUAUUGCCA